UUGUUCUGUUCCAGGAACGUAUACUGCACUUACUACCGCGAAACCAACGAAAUCACAUGCGGAAUAGUCACUUGUGCCACUGAAAUACCACCAAAUGCUGAUCUCGAGAAGGAGGGCCUGGACGUAAAGCUUCCACGAGGAUGGUACCGUAUUGGCGUACAGACGAUCCGUAAUGAUCACUCGUGGUUCCAUCUUUAUCGACGACGAGCCACUGGAAGUGGAUACUGGGAUUUCUAUACAAACAUACCAGAACGGAACUGUAUAGGAGGUUUUGGUCUCCACGCCGGUAAGAACAUACCAGCAACGGUUACUGUAAAGGAUCCCAACUGCUUUUCAAAGCUCGCUGAUCAGAUUGAGAAGAAAUCAACGAUUGAAAAAUUCGACGUCCAUCAGUGUCGAAAUUGCAUAUUCCAUAGCUGUUGGCUUGGUACUCGAAUAUUACCGGCUGCUCGUCAAUACACCACCAAUUUGAGAAGUUACUGA